AAAGGGAAGAAAAGACGUUGUGCUUGGUGUUGGAGGAAACAUGAGAUCAGAUUAAAGAUAUGAGUGUCAACAGCUUUCAAGAUUUAAAGCAGACAUUCAACAGAGGCUGUGGGUCGCUGCUGGGUACAACAUGGCACACACUACGGUCUGUGUAGUGGUGUUUUUCACGCUGGUUACACUCGUCCACUGUGGACACGCUGAAGAUGAUCCCAGACCUGUUGUCAAGGUGUCCACUUCAUGGCCGAGUCCUGGAGCCAAUGUUACUCUGAAGUGCCGUUUUAGCAAAAAUUAUGGAUUGUGGACGUUCAACUGGUAUAAGGCUGUUCCCAGAUCAUCCAACAACUCCUACAGUCAUGAGAAACUGUCUCACAGCUGCAGUGGACAAGGUCAAUGUUCCUACAUUGGUCAUGGACAGACACACACAACAGCAUAUGUGUGCAAAGCUAACAGGGGAAAUGAUACUCGCACCAGCAGACCCACGUUUGUCUGGUCUAGAGAAAUUCAUCCAAAUUCAAUCAACGUGAGUCCUCCUGACAGAGGCCAGCACGUUUCCUCAGAGAAUGUCUCACUGAGCUGCGAGGGAAACUCUUCUAAAUGGAGGGUGAUGAGAUUAACUGAAAAAGGCCAUCGGUCAACCUGCUCUGAAUGGGGGACAAUGAAAAAUUUGACGUGUGACAUCACAAACCCUACAAAAAAAACAGCCGUGUACUGGUGUGAGACUGCAUCAGGCCAAUUCAGCAAUGCAGUCAACAUCACUUUUCAAAUGUCCAGCUCUGAAGGUUCCUCCUUUCCUCUGCCAUUGGUCCUUGGACUGUUUUUUCCCCUUUUAACCCUGAUGCUCCUGCUGCUGCUGUGUUGCUACAGAAAGUCAACGAAUACAUUCGUCACCAGGAUUUUUAGACCCUCAAAGUCUCAGAAAACCAAUCAGAGCCCAGCUGCAGAUGACGUGGUCAACCAGAACCAGACUCAAGAUGCAGAUGAAUCCAACGAUGUGACGUACUCUUUGAUUCUGUUUAAAAACAGAGGUAAAGGUCUGCAAAAUGAACCAGAGGAGGAGAGCUCUGUUUACUCCAAAGUGAAGAUAGGAUCACCUGCAGCUACAAAAACAUAACAUACACAAGUCCAGACUUUAUUUUGAAUGAACAUUUUGGUAUAUUUGAAAUGACUCGAGGUUCUUCAUGGGAAUGAGCUUUCUUUGAAUUGGCUUAGUCAUCUCAGGUCGCGACCAAUAGAAGUCAACCAUCGUCCAACUCUUAAACUUUGAUUAUUGAUAUUUAUCGCUUCCUAAGAGAGUUUUUUUUUCCUCUGCCUGAGCCAGUUUUAUUUUUUUACAGAGGGCAUACAUUUGAACUGACCUUCCUGUUGUUUCGC